AUGGAAGAAACCAAAAUUCAGGCUUUGACACCUUCAAGCCCUAGUUUCAAAAACAUUUUCUCAAAAAAGCCUCCACGGCCUUCAAAUCUAAUCACACAUUGCCACAUCUGCCAUCUUCAAUUCUCAGCAAUCCAUAAAGGCUAUGAAUGCUCCGUCUGUAAAAAAGGCAUCUGUAAAGAACACAUCCUCGUCAGAACUGCUAUGACAUUACUUCCUGUAUGUGACGACUGCGAAAGAGGCAGAAUUAAAAAAGAAAUCGCCAGAGAGCUUGCCCCACAAUACAAGUCAUUAAAAGGUGACAUGAAUUGGAUGCUAAAAGAAAAGGAAAAAAUCAAAGCAGAAAUCACAGGGAAAACCGAAAUUAUUUCUCGGCUAGAAAUUCAGACAAAAAAUAAUGAAAAAACUUAUGCACAAAGACUGGAAAAUAUUGAAAAAAAGAUUGAAGAAGAAAACCAGAGAGAAAAAACUGUACAAAAUGUGGUGGAAAGCUUGAAAAAUGCUUUAAAUGAGUCUAAAAGUUCAGAAGAACAGAUGAAGAAGAAAAAGGAGGAUAAAGAAGAGGAAAUUAAAGCAGAGGUAGAAGAAAUUAACUCCUCGGCAAGAGAGCAAAAUUUUUCCCAAAACGGUUGCAAAAAUGGAAAGUUAUUUUAUUUAUAUAAUUUGUUUUUUAAAUGCAAGUUAUAUAGCGCGUGCUCUUUAUAGAUCUUUAAGGACAAUAACAUUUAAAUGAAAAGAAUUAAUUAAAUUUAAAAUUUCAUCUUAUAUCUCCUAUUUGUCAGAUUUAAUUUGACUUUUCAUAAUAUUUUAAAAUGCUUAAAAUAAUUUUUCUUUAAGGGUAUUUUCCAUAGAAACCAAUAAGAGUCGCGCGCUAUAGAUUUGAUAGAAUUUCUUAUAAUAUUUCUUACUUAUAUCUUAAUAAAAGUUUUUAUAUUAAAAAUAUUUGUGUGCUCGCAGGGGUAAUUUUCGCAAAAAAAAGAGAUUUUUCAACGAUUUUGCUCGCUAAUGGAGGAGAGAGUAAGGAACUGAAGAGGAGUGAGGAAGAUGUGUUGUAUAAAAUUGAUGAAAUUAAUAAGGAAAUGAGAAAGAUGAUACCUGCUGGGAAAUUAAAAUCUAUUAGUUGUAGGAAAUGCUAUGGAGUUUUGAAGGUAAAUUUCAAGGAAAGGCUGAGGGAAGCGCUUAGGAAUGAAGGAAGGGAAAGCUUAUUCGCAAGUUUGAUGUCAAGAGCAAGCGUUAAAUCUACAAAUGAUUUGGUGAAGCCAACAAUGGAGCCAAUGACAAGGCAAUAUUGCCAACAAUGUAUGCUUUUGUAA